UGCUGCACUUUUGAGUGGCAGGCUUCUUUUGAGUUACCGCACCUCAGGAGUUGCGGAGCCGGCAUCUCUGGAGCCGCCUGGCUUCUCACCAAAGGACAUGGAUGAAAAUGAAAAGAGCCCAUCUCCAACAACAAGCUAUCAAUAUCCUAAAGAAACAGUAAGGAAGCGCCAGAAUUCAGUACAGAGCUCAGGAGGAAGUGUGUCCUCUAGGUUUUCCAGGAAAAGCUUCAAACUGGAUUAUAGACUAGAGGAAGAUGUCACUAAAUCGAAGAAAGGAAAAGAUGGGAGAUUUGUUAACCCAUGGCCAACAUGGAAAAACAUCUCUAUCUCAAGUGUUCUUAGAUGGCUGAUAAUGGAAAAAGACCACAGCAGUGUUCCAGGUUCCAAAGAGGAACUGGACAAAGAACUCCCAGUGCUUAAGCCAUAUUUUAUCAGUGACCCCGAAGAAGCUGGAGUGACAGAGGCUGGCUUAAGAGUCACAUGGUUGGGACAUGCAACGCUGAUAGUGGAGAUGGAUGAGCUUAUAUUCCUUACAGACCCCAUGUUUAGUUCCCGUGCUUCUCCCUCGCAGUACAUGGGUCCAAAGCGAUUUCGCCGUCCCCCGUGUACAAUAAGUGAACUUCCCCCGAUAGAUGCUGUGCUUAUUAGUCACAACCACUAUGACCACCUGGACUAUGGAUCUGUCCUUGCUUUGAAUGAGCGCUUUGGCAGUGAGCUGAGAUGGUUUGUGCCUCUGGGUCUUCUGGACUGGAUGCAGAAAUGUGGCUGUGAGAACGUGAUUGAGCUGGACUGGUGGGAGGAGAAUUGUGUCCCUGGCCAUGAUAAGGUCACCUUUGUCUUCACGCCUUCCCAACACUGGUGUAAAAGGACCCUCAUGGAUGACAACAAGGUUCUGUGGGGCAGCUGGUCUGUGUUGGGGCCCUGGAAUCGAUUCUUCUUUGCUGGGGACACUGGUUACUGCCCUGCGUUUGAAGAGAUAGGAAAGAGGUUUGGUCCCUUUGACCUGGCAGCUAUUCCCAUUGGAGCUUAUGAGCCAAGGUGGUUUAUGAAAUACCAGCAUGUAGACCCAGAAGAUGCAGUAAGGAUUCAUAUUGAUGUUCAAACCAAGAGAUCUGUGGGAAUUCACUGGGGAACUUUUGCCUUAGCUAAUGAGCAUUACUUAGAGCCUCCAGUGAAACUGAAUGAAGCUCUAGAGAGAUAUGGACUUAAAAGUGAAGAUUUCUUUGUUCUGAAGCACGGAGAAUCAAGAUACUUGAAUACUGAUGACAGAGCUUCUGAAGAAACAUGAACAUGGGGAUUUUCAGUGAAAACAAAUGAGAAGACUAAGAAACUCACAAAUACUAUGACAUUUUUCACAUGGAAACAGCUUCUGAGCGUGUGUUCUGUUUUGCAUUAUAACUUGCCAAUGAUAAGACACUCAUAUAAACUGUGAGAGUCCAGGGAGUGUUAUUUAAGAAUUGUCCAAUGCA